AUGUCUCAACUUAUUUCCAUUCCCGAAUCUUACGAGAGCCUCAACCUCACACAUAUUAACAUCGCCCACCACCCCCCUCAAUCUCCAACAGCAACCCCGAUUGUGAUCCUAAGACUCAACCGCCCAGAUAAAAAUAAUGCCUUCACGCCUCAGAUGGGAGAGAGCCUAGAACAGGCCUAUCGCUUGUUUCACCUCGAUGCUCGUGUCAAGGUGAUUGUCCUGACAGGCGCAGGCCGGAUGUUUUGCGCAGGCUCAGACCUUGACAUCGGCUUCGAUGACAGAGUGGAGAGAGCUGGUGAUUUUCGAGACACUGGUGGACGAGUGGCAUUAGCCAUGCAUCGGUGUAGCAAACCUACCAUCGCUGCUCUUCAGGGAUCAGCUGUUGGCGUUGGAAUGACAAUGACCUUGCCAGCAGCCAUCCGCAUCUGCCACGAGAAAAGCAAGUACGGGUUUGUCUUCACUCGACGCGGUUUGACAAUCGAGUCCUGUGCUUCGUUCUUCUUGCCCCGUUUGAUCGGGAUGUCCAAAGCAAUGGCCUUGAUCACAACUGGUGGCGUCUAUCCAGGAUUGUCAAAGUAUUUCGGUGAACUAUUUACCGAGGUUCUGGCCGAGGGAACGGCUGUUCUGCCACGAGCUUUGGAGAUUGCGCGCGAAAUGGCCGAAAAUGUCAGCCCAUUGGCGUCGUAUAUGAGCCGUGCUUUAAUGUGGCAAGGGCCGACAUCGCCCGAGGGCGCGCAUCUCCUUGAAUCGAAGGUGUUUCACCACAUGGCGGGUCAAAGUGAUUACAAAGAGGGAGUCAACUCAUUCCUGGAGAAGCGGAAGGCCAAUUUCUUGUGUGAUCCAUAUGAAAUGAGUCCAGGAGAUUAUCCGUGGUGGUCUGAGGUUGAUAUUCGGGUUGGGCCGAAGGCGUCAAAGUCCAAACUUUAG